UUACACAAAUACAAAAAUUACAAAAAGCGGGAGCGGUCUAAAGAAAUCAAAAUUAAGAAUUUGCUGAAAAUGAAUUAAUCAAUAAUAAUAACAAAGACAAAUGUUUUCUUAUACAUCUCUAAAUUCAAGUACGAAAACAUUUUUAACUUUGUUUUAUUUUGUGUGAAAGACAGCUGCGUUGUUGGGGGUCAAGUGGAUGUUUAAUUGUUGAAAUGAUUAACUUUACCAAUCUCAAUAUCUAUAUGACGUAGCUACAUAUAUUACAAUAUUCGAGUAAUUCCGCAAAUUUACACAGAUAUGUAAUUAGGUUUAACAGUACAAACGUUUUAAUCUUAAUCUAGUUCAUAGAUCACCCAAAUCAACCAUUCCAAAUCAUUGAUUUUUCGAUAGGUAUAACAGUUAUUUCAGAAAAUUUGUAACAAUAAAUACAUAAAGAAUGAGUGUUAAAACUGAAUGAAAGAGCAAUUAUGGAUUCACUAUCAUAUUAUCCCAGCGUUCGAUUUGCAUUUACGAACUUUUCGGGCGCUAGCAAUAUUUACAACGAUGGAACCCCCAACCAGGAAGGCGUCAUUACUUAUUCCAUUGUAACACCUGUAAUUUGCAUUUUUGGAAUAUGUGGCAAUCUGUUAUCGCUGCUGGUUUUAUCUCGAAGAGAACUGAAAGGCUCCGUCUAUGUCUAUUUGGCAGUUUUAGCGUUUGUGGACCUUUGUAGCUCCAUUUUAUUAUUCAUGAGCGGAUUAAGUUGUGGAGUGUUCUUCUUGGAUAACAAAUGGCCAGUCUAUGAUGUUCUUUUCGGACUGCCCUUAGCGGCGAUGUUUAACACCAUGUGUGUAUUGACGACCAUGAUGGUCACUUUUGACAGGGUUUGUUACUUGGCCAAUCCGCUAACUAGGCAAAAACCGAAAUUUUGCCACGAAUGUGUGGCACGAAGAAUCAUGCUCGGAUGCUUUGUUCUGUCGGUUUUGGCCAAUUUGCCCUACUGUUUCAUUUUUGUUACACAUGAUGGAGAUGAUAUAGAAACAAAGCCGUUUUAUUUCACAAGCUCAUUCGAUGUUUACAACUGGAUGAGGUUUAUUAUUCUGGGAAUUUUUCCGUCAAUAUUUCUAAUAAUUGGAAACGGCUUUCUCAUCAGCAACCUACGCAAAAUAAAAAAAAUGUACGGCAAAUGUAACAACAGCAUCAAGUGCAGGAAGCCACAAAAUUACACCAAUCUGACCACGACGCUAAUCCUAAUCGUGUUCUUCUUCUUGAUAAGUCAGAUCCCAUCAAUGCUAACCAACCGUGCAUCGGCAUCGACUUUCUUUUUCCCUGGUGCAAAUUCCGACGAUUCCACCAACUCGAAAUCGCUCGAAACCGUUCGUGAGAUAACAACAGUGAUCCAAGCGAUAAGUCUGAGCACAGAUUUCGUCCUGUAUUACAUGUUUUGUCCCGCAUUUUGCAAGGUGUUGGCCAAGAUAUUCGCAAGGAAGAAAAGCGUGAAAAGGAUGCAAAUGACUAUCUUUGUCGUGGAUAAGGCUAAAUCCAUACACGAAGUAACUGCAGGGAAACUGCUCCAAAUUAUGGAUGUAGGCAGGGACACUGAGUCUAUUUAUGACGGCUCCGAGGAUAAGUGCGGGGAGAAAAAGGUCAAUAGGGACACGUUGGUCACUUUGUGCAACGCCACAGAUUGAGAGAAUUUGUUCAGAUUCUUCUCUUUUGAUGUAGUUAGAGAUAAAUAAACUGUUUACGUUGCACACCA